AUGCUGCGCUUGACAGUGCUCCAAGCCCUGAUUGUGGGCUCCAUCGCGCAAGAGCUUUGUCUCGAUGAUGGUGUGCCAGAAAGCCAGCGAGAGUACAUCCAGGAUGAUGCCGGCAACAACAUUCCAAUCGGACUGUUUGAAAUGGCAUGGGAAUCAAACUCCCUUCUCAUCCACAUGGCAGCACUUAUGAUUCGUGAGGGUCUUGGCUUUCACGCUCAGGUGAAUCCUACAGUGGGUGGGAAUGGAGGUUCUCAAGUCUUUGCUUUGGCAGGAUGUACCGACUUCAAUGACAAAGCCAACAUGGAAUGUGGCACCCAAGAAACAACGAUCCAUGUGAGCGUGGACUCUUGGAUUGGAAGCUAUGCUUCCACUCAGAAUCAGUUCGCCAAAGAGUAUCCAAGACUUGCGGCGGAGGAUUUAGGGAGCAUGGGGUAUGCAGGAGAAGAAUCCAUGUACGUAAGCCGAGCGAUUCUCCAAGCUGCCUACAGUGAAUCCGGUCUUGCUCUGGACUUCUACAAGAGCUACAACACUACGCAUCAUGAUCCAAAGAAAUAUUUUGGUUCCAUCCACGACGUGGACCUGUCAGAGUUGGCGCUCUGCAAUGAGACCGACCUGAGCGACCGGAACCAGAUGUCGGACUAUGCCAAGUAUUCAGGCGACUACGAUGGAGUUGUCAACCAAUCAGAUGGUACAUUUGUCGCCAAGUGUACCAACGACCGCUGGUGGUAUGCCCCUGCGUGCCGUCACAAUGCCUCUACAUGUAUUCCUGUCUUCACGGCCGGGACUGGUUGGAAAGCACAGCCGAUGAUGCAAUGGUCAACGGCUUAUGGAAUUCCAGCUGCUCUCGCAGUCUCUGGAGCAUGGUCCUUGUUCUUGCAGCAUGUGCGGACUUUCCGGGCUCUCCAUUACUGGUGGGUUCCAGAUUCCACUUUCAUUGAGAUGUUGCCAGAACAGUUGCUUUUUGCUCGACACAGUGCAAACGAAUGGCUUGCUGGAGACAAGAAGACUGGAGGUCAAGGAAGCUAUGUGUCCAAGAUGGUCAGCCAAAACUUGCAAUCUAAGGCCCCAAAGGUGAAGAACUUUGUGCGGAUGAUCAACUUCGAGCUGCCAGAGCUUCAAGAUCUGCUGCUAGAGUGGCGUCAGACAGGCUCAAAGUCCGACGUGGCUUGCCGCUGGCUCAAGGAGAAUCAAGACCGUUGGAAAGCCUGGAUUCCCGAUGACACCAAUUGCCUUGAGGGCUUUGGAGUGGUGGACGAGAAUCAAGCCUUCCUCAAUAGCCGCGAGGGUGCAGUGUCCUGCGGGCUGUGUACGCCUGGCCGAUCAUCUCAAGAAGUUGAAGACGAUAAGGGGAAGACCUAUCGCUGCGCGGAAUGCGAACCUGGGGAGAGCCAAGCCCAAAGCUUCUCUACUUCGUGCGAGAAGUGCCCCAAAGGCACGAUGAGUCAUGCCUGGGGCAGCAUCAUGUGCGAGCCUUGCGGGCAGGGCUUUUACCAAGACUCUGUGGGCCACUCAAUGUGCAAAGCAUGCCCUGCUGGGCGCACCACAAAGCUGCUGGGGGCCACCGGGUUGAAAGGCUGCGUUUGCCAGGCGGGCUCGAUUGAAGAGGAGGGUCAGUGCGUGCCGUGCGGCACUGGCAUCGCGUGUCCACUGGGAAGUACGUUGGAGGAUCUGAAAAGCAAUAAUGACUCCGAUCCCAAUCUCCCUCGUGUUGAACCCGGCUUCGUGAGCCAUUGGUCCUCGCCGCUGCAGACCUUUCGCUGCCGGGGCUCGGCUUGUCCCGGUGGCGCGCCGGGCUCGUGCUUUGGUGGCCGGCAAGGUAUUGUCUGUGGGGAGUGCCCGGCAGAGAUGCAGCUUGUGAAGGAUCAGUGUGAAACAUGCACUGGCCAUGUCUCGGCCAUCGGCAGCGUCCUUCUGGUGCUCUUCAUCUUGGGGUGCAUCGUGGGCUAUUACGUCGCACCAUCCAGGUAUGAGCCGAGAGCAUCGGCCAUCUUCUGCUGCGUUGGCAGUGUUGGCAUUGCUGUUGCUUUGUUGCAGAACAUCGGCGUGUUAGGCACCGUCUCCAUCCAGUGGCCAGCGUCCACCACGCCCAUGUUCAGUGCCGGGUCCGUGGUGCUUUUGGAUCUGGAUUCCGUUGGCAUCAAUUGCGUGGCGCCAGGCAGUGUGUCCAACUACACCAUGACGCUGGUGGCUAUUGUGGUGGUUCUGAGCAUCCUGCCCAUCCUGGCAGUGUUGAGCAAUGUCAUCCCAUGGGUGAGACGCCGCGAGCUGGCCUGGAAGACGGAGAAAGUUCUCAGCAUGUCCGCGAACUUCAUGCAAGUAGCUUUCACAACUUUAGUCAGCUUGGGCUUCAUUCCCUUCAUGUGCUACGAGCACCCGAGCGGCGACCUGUCCGUCCUCAAGUUUCCCAACAUCCUUUGCGGCAGCGGCGAACACCAAUCUAUGCAGGUCCUGGGCGCUUUGGUUAUUGUGGUGGUGAGCUUGUUCUGCGCCUACUGCCGCUUUGGCCGAGUGAGACGCGUGAUUGCCUCUGCCGGGAGCCGCAAGACGCAUCGUUCGCACAACAGCAUUCUCCACAUCCCUGGUCGAUCUGGCCGCUUUCCGAGGUUGCUCUUCAUGCUGACGGGAUCGGCAGUGAUCCUUGAGGCUUUGGGCAUUCCUCAGCACGCGUCUGCAAAGCUCAAUUUGCAGCGGAUCCCCAGCCCGACGUCGGUCCUGGAGUCCUUCCGCAAGGUCGCCGAGCACAUGCGGCAGAACAUCAAUGACGAAGCCUUCGACCGGGUGCUCUUGCAGAUGUCCUGCCACGACAUCAAGCACAUCUGGUUCGCAUUAAUUCUGCUCUCACAGGAGUUGGAGGUCGAAAGGAUGAGCGCCAUGCGAAUCUCCAUGGCGCCACAAUCCCAUGACCGCGACCUGAAGUCCAAGUCGAAGUCGCCGACAUCAAUGGACGCUCAACGUCCUGUGACUAGAGGCGUACAAGAUGGCACAGAAGAGGCUCCAGUACAAUUGGCCCAACAUGACGCGCUUGCUGAUGUCCAAGAGGAAGAUGUGAAGGUGGCAGUCGAUGAGCGUCAUGCUCCUGACGACCGCCCUGAAGGGAUGCCGGUCGUGUCGAUGGCGUGCUAA